CUUUUCCGCAUUGCCUCCGCAUCAGACUCUGUGAACAUGGCGUCGGCCCCCCGUCUCCUGGCUCGGCUGUCGGCUCUCAGAAACGUCCGCGUCGCACAGCCGGGCCCCACGAACCUGCCGUGGAGCACCGCGGCACCGUGUCGGACCGCCGUGACCACGUCCACGGGUGGAAUUCUGCCUAAACCUAAGAAGACCCCCUUCGGCCUAAUCCGGAUUGCUCUGGUAGUGGUGCCCUUCUUGUAUGUGGGGACUCAGAUCAGCAAGAACUUUGCUGCGCUGCUGGAGGAACACGACAUCUUUGUCCCCGAAGACGAUGACGAUGAUGACUGAGGGUCUGUAGUCCUUCUGGUUCUCAGGUACCAAGGGCUUGGAUUGUGGGAGUCAGUGUAAACAGAGGCAAACACACCCACGCAUGCACACAUACACGCACUUUUAGUCUGUUGGAGAAGUACAUGUACCUAAACCAUGAUGGAGCACCUCACAUAUUGUACUAAGAUGCAUUCAAGUACCAGCUAACAGAUGGUUUUAGUAAUCCCAGUAAAGUAAAUACUGUACCACAGCAUGUGAAUCAUUCUGGUUGUGAUGUUUUAGGGCUAUUGUUAAAUAGUAAAAUGUUUUUACAAAUUGAAAUGCUUCAAGAAAACUCCAUCUAAGUCUUUCUUUCCUCAACAGAUCAUGUUGUCAUCCCCAAUAGGACAACAGUGUGAACCUCUUUGCAGAUAAAUGCCUUCCUGGGAUCCCCUCCACUGUGUUUUUACUUCACUUCUGCUUGCACUGGAUUCAGGGUUUUCUUGUUGUUAUAGACACUAAAAUAGGGCUGUCCCAGUUUGACUAUAUCGUACUGUAUUUGCAUGCACUACUAAAUCUUAAAUAAAGUGAAGAACUGUUGUAAAAAUGCA